AGCACCGGCACCCUCCGAAUUGGGACUCUAGCCCUUUAAAUCUGCUCAGUUACCAAAAAAGAAGAGGCACCAGACCCUGUUAAUUAAAGCUCGCCCUGGUCCAUCAUUCUGAGGAGCUGCAGUGCUCUCUCUGCUCCUUCCUGAAGGCUUAGAGAUUCUCCUUAACUCCCAGCCAUGGAUCUUGGAGAAUUUCCCCCGAGAUCAGCAGGAGAGCCUCAGUGUCACCGCUGACGUUCGCUUGAUGUGCUCACAAAGCUCUCUGAGAACAUCGCCCUGGACCCCCGAUGCGGCUGCCCGAGCAACCCGGAGAGGGGAAGCCUGAGCAUGAGGAAAAGGGGGGAAGAGGAGCCCCUGGAGGGGGAGAGGAGCCGCCGAGGAGCCAGGCCCCCGACUUCCCCACUUGGGAGAAGAUGCCUUUCCACCAUGUGACCGCCGGCCUGUUGUACAAGGGGAAUUACCUCAACCGGUCCCUCUCUGCUGGCAGCGACAGCGAGCAGCUUGCUAACAUCUCUGUGGAGGAGCUCGAUGAAAUCCGAGAGGCUUUUCGGGUUCUGGACCGAGAUGGGAAUGGCUUCAUCUCCAAGCAGGAGCUGGGAAUGGCCAUGCGCUCUCUGGGGUACAUGCCGAGCGAGGUGGAGCUGGCCAUCAUCAUGCAGCGCCUGGACAUGGACGGGGAUGGCCAGGUGGAUUUUGAUGAAUUCAUGACAAUUCUUGGCCCGAAACUGGUGUCUUCAGAAGGCCGUGAUGGUUUUCUUGGAAACACAAUAGACAGCAUAUUCUGGCAGUUCGACAUGCAAAGGAUAACUCUGGAAGAGUUGAAGCACAUCCUCUAUCACGCCUUCCGGGACCACUUGACAAUGAAGGACAUUGAAAACAUCAUCAUCAACGAGGAGGAGAGCCUGAAUGAUACCUCGGGGAACUGCCAGACAGAGUUUGAAGGAGUGCACUCCCAGAAACAGAACAGGCAGACCUGCGUCCGGAAGAGCCUCAUCUGCGCCUUCGCCAUGGCCUUCAUCAUCAGCGUCAUGCUGAUCGCUGCCAACCAGAUCCUGCGGAGCGGCAUGGAGUAGCCGCCUCCCGCCACCGGCCACUGCGGCCCCCGCUCACUGCGCAUGCGCACGCCCUGCGGGCCGACUCCUCCUCCACAAAAAGCAGAUCUGGACGAUGCAGACGCGGCACAGUUCGGCGAAGAACCCCGAGGUUGCAGUGCAACCUCCUCCGUUGCAAGUCCACUUCAUCUCCUUGGCAGGGACACACAAGGGCUGUCUUCAAUGCUUUAAUGGUUUUGUUUCCUAAUGCAAUAAAUAGCCAGGAGUUUUCC